AUUGAGGCAGCACAGCCAAAACCAUAUAGAAACCUAAAAUAAAACUCCCAUCUUCUUCAUUUUCCCGUUGAUUUUGCAGCAAACAUUCUCUCUGAAGCAAAUUCAACAAGUUUUUGUAUUGAGGAUUUCUUCUAGAUCCUUUCACCACAGAUGUUGAUUCCAGUGAAUGUUUUUUGAUUCAUCCACUCCAAUUUCCCCUAUUAAUCAAUUAAUAUCCAGAGGCAAACAAUUCAUAUUUCCCGAAUUUGGCUUAAUUUAUGAUCGCGUGAGCUUUAAUCGAUUUCGAUAAUUGCUCGGAAAAUUAAUGCCUGAUCGACCGGUGGCAGCUCGUCGAUGAGAAAUCGGAGAGAGCGAACUCUCCAAGACCUAUGCGAUGCCACUCCCACUCUAUCUCAGCCGCAGGCGACAUCUGAAAAUAGCAGCCAUUGCUCUGGUAGAAGCUUAAAGGACUAUCGAGGGAAGUCUGGGACGUGUAACGUGUGCUCUGCUCCUUGCUCGUCCUGUUUUCAUGUUAAUAAGGUUCUGCUGAAAUCAAACAAUGGGCAUGGUGGAGAAACCUGUGCUGGGAAUACUGAAACUGAGCAACUAAGCAUACUGAGCACUGUUGGAGGCAUGGAUUCAACUGCUGAUUCUUUUUCUGAAAAUGCAGCAGGCAAGGCUUCUUCAACGACUUCCAAUGCAUUCGAUGAUAGUGUCGUGCACUCAAAGGGUGAUGGCCUGAGAUCUCUGGAAGGGCAUGAUGAUUGCUUGUCAUUUGUCAGUGGGGCUGAUGAACAGUUUACUAGAAAAUCUGACAUGGAAGAUAGUGGGAAUAAGUGUAAUAAGCAGAACAGUGGAGAAAUUUUUAGGAAGAUGUCACCUAGUAGCUCACAAACUGCUGAUGCUACUGAGAUGCAGAAGGAUCAGAAUACUUCUGAAGCUUCCAAUGGCAAGAACCUACCACCGGAAGAAAGAACAGUGAAUGUAAAUGAUAAUAAGUUUUCAGAUACUAAAGUUGAGCUGUUGAAUGGUUCAACUGAGCAUUUAAAUUCAUCACCACCUAAUAAUGUAGCUUCUGACGAUGUUUUCGGCGAUCCUCCAAAAAUGGAUCUCAAUUCCACUGAGAAGAGUGAUGACAUGGAGAUUGAACUUCAUCCAGCUGAUGAGACUGAUGACUCAGAUAUGGUGGAAGAAGAUGUAAAAGUCUGUGAUAUCUGCGGGGAUGCAGGAAGGGAGGAUUUACUUGCUAUAUGCUCUCGGUGCAGUGAUGGAGCAGAACACACAUACUGUAUGAAGGAAAUGCUGGAGAAAGUCCCCGAAGGGGAAUGGCUUUGUGAAGAAUGCCAAACACUGGAGCUGGUAGGAAAUGGAAAGCAAGAAAAGAUUGGAAGUAUGGAUGAAAAUGAGAAAAAUAUUUCGCCUGGUCGAGUAAGUGAAAAUUUAAACAACUCUGAUUUUGAGGGACACAGAACAAAGAGUUCUACAAAAAAUAUUUCUAAAAGGCGUAGAGAUGAUGAAGAUGCCGAAGUUUCUUCUAUUGCAAAAAAGCCUGCCCUUGAGUUGACAAUUGGGUCGCCAAAGACGUCCAAUUCCAAACUAGCUGUUCUUUCUCGCGAGAGUUCCUUAAAGAAUUUAGAUAAGUGUAGACCACGGUCUCCAAAUCAUUCUAGUUUAGACACAAUCCCAGUUAAUGAUGCUACAGAAUUGGCAAAGCCUGCUUUAGAUGCACGAGGGCUCAAUUUACGAGGUAAUUUCUCAAAAUCUAAUUCUUUUAAUUCUCUGAAUUCAAAGCCAAAGGUCAAGCUCGUAGAUCAAGUUGAUAUUCAGAGACAGAAAUCAGCUAAGGAACACGGUUCUUUCCGUCUUAAGGAGGGUGCAGUUCGAUCUAUAGGCAAAUCUAUGUCAUUUAGAUCUACAAAUUCUGAUCGUUCUGAAUCAAACAUAAAGAUGUUAUCUCCUAGACCUUCUAACAUCCAGGACGUUAAAAAUACAAAAGAGAGGAGCGCAUUUGAACGUCAGCGCUCUUUCAGAACAGAACACCCAUCACAUAAUUCAGCAAUGGGUGAUUCCAUGAAUUCGACAUCGCGAAUCGGUAAAGGACCAUCCUCCAGGGCAGAAUCUUCACUUGCCUCCCCUGCCAAUCACCAGGAGGUGAAGCCACUACAGACUGAUGGUAAAUUAGCAGCAUUAUCUAGGUCAUUUAGUCUUGCAUCUCGAAGGAAUGCAGAUUUACCCAGUACUACAGGUGAAUUCAAGAGACCGUCAAAACAUAGGCAUAAUAAAUCUGCGCUUUCAUCAGCCAAUGGAGCUAAUAAUAUUGAACAAAAACAUAAUCAGACUAGCUUGAAGCAGGAUCCUCCCUCAUGUGGUGUUUCUGAAAAGUUGUCUAUUAGUGCUAGUGAAGGUGUAUCUGAUGGAUUGGUUCAGUCUAAGGAUAUAGCAAAUUCUGCUGACCGACCGAGGGACUCUUCUGGAAACGUAUUGGGCCCACGGUCCUCAAGAGAUGAAAGUGACAACCUGAAAGCUGCAAUUGAAGCUGCUGUUCUGAGGAAACCAGGAGUCUACAGGAAGCAUAGAGCUUCUGGUCAAUCUGAUGAGUCAUCCGUGCGAACUGUAGCUCCUGUUGCUUCUCAUAUAGACCACACGGCAGGUGCCAAAAGUAGAAAACUAUCUUCUGAUGUGGAGCUAGCUGAGAGGCUUCUAGUAUCUCGGAAUUUCACUGCUGACCCUCGUAAAGAGGAAACUCUCAAUAGUGUAAAGCGGUCCUUGCUGGUUCGUGCGGAGGGUGAUUCUUCUGGAGUUCGAGAUGGUGUCCAUAUUGGUCUUUCCUCGAGAGAUGCACUCAGUAAUCUCCCAAUAGUACUGCCUAUCUUGUUGAAAUCCAUAGCAAUCCCCGAGCAUGAAUAUCUUUGGCAGGGAAGUUUUGAGAUUUGUCGAAGUGGUCAAACAUUUGAGUUGUGGGAUGGAAUUCAAGCUCAUCGAUCGACAUGCGCCUCACCUAAAGUUGUUGAAGCUACAAACAAAUUUAAUAAUAGAAUUUCACUCUAUGAAGUUCCUCGUGCAAGCACCUGGCCUAUUCAGUUUCAGAAAAAUGGUGUUGGAGAAGAUAACAUAGCCCUUUUCUUUUUUGCUAAAGAUCUUCAGAGCCAUGAGAAGAUGUACAAAGUUUUACUGGAUAAUAUGAUGAAGAAUGACCUUGCUCUCCGAGGAAAUAUUAACGGUGUUGAGCUGCUCGUAUUUCCAUCUAAUCAGCUUCCUGUUAAUUUGCAACGAUGGAAUAGGUUUUUCUUCCUUUGGGGCGUUUUCAGAGAAAAGAAAGAACCUAGCCUGCGACAAACGCCCGAAUCCACAAUUGCACCUCGAGAUAUCCCUCCGCCUAUAAUGUCUUUGCCUGAGAAUAAAUGCUCACUCAGGCCUAUUUCUGAUAAUGCAAGCCAAGAUGAACAUCCAGGGGUUGAAGUGCCUGCUUCAGAAGAGUUGCGAGGUUUACCUAGAGCUAUCAAAAGUGACGUUGGUAUGGAUAAAUCUCCUUUGGAUCAGCUUGGACACAGGCUAAAUUCUAGUUCGUCAUCUGUAGAAAAAAGUGAUGGUCCAAAGCAAUGUGGAGAAGUGAGGGAUACUUAUCAGGGAAGCAGCAUCAGGUCCAGCUGCAGCCCUGCUAUAGCUGUGACUAGUCCUGAUGCCGGAAGGGAGCAAACGCAAAUGGAACUGGACACUCCACUUGGCAAUCCACAUUCACUGCUUGAUUCAUCCAAAUCGGUGGCAGGCACUUCUAAGGGUGACGCGUGUGAAGGAGCUAUAUUGGAGAAAACAUGUCAUAAAGAUGAGUUAAAAUCAAGAAUGGAUGUUAUUGAUCUAUCAAGAGAAGCAGAAAUGCCCAUGGAGGGCAUUAAAGACCUAAAUGUGGAACCCGACAAAUGGGUCUUUAUCCAGAAUGAACCGAUGCUUCCUGGACAGUCAUCUUCAGGGAAUCAUACUCUUUCUUCUGGCACUGGUUAUACAUCACCCAGAAAGGAUAAUAUGCACAACGAAACGGUCAACCCACUUGAAAAAGUAAGCCACGUUGCUAUGGCCCCGUACUCACUGCAGAGUCAACAUGUUGAAGCUGAUCUUGGGUCCAUCCCUAAAUACUAUGAACACGGACAUGGUGAAAGGUUCUUCUUCCCCGUGCAAUCGCAGCCUGUGACAGACUCAACCCUACCCGACAGAUAUAUGCCCUGGAAAACGCGUUUACUAGAUGAUGAUAGGCUGAGUGACAAAGCACCGAAUCUAGAGCUUGCUUUAGGGGGUGAAAGAAAACUACUGACGUUGGGCAUUGAGCCGCCAUUGGUCAGUAAAAUAGACCAUAAAGUAGACGAGGAACGUAUUCUUGAAGAGGCAAGGAGGAAGAAGGCGGAGGAGGAUGUAUCGGCGUCUCUCUCCCUUUCCCUCUCUUUCCCCUUCCCGGAGAAGGAUGUGGAUGCGAAAAGCGAGCUCCCGUCUCAGAGGAAACAUGUGAAUACCACUUCCUCAAGGCUUCUCUUUGGAAAAUUGAGAGACAAUUAGAUAGCUUUUGCGUUAAACUGGAAACCAUCACUCUAUAAUUUUGCUAGGCUUUUUUUUGUCUCUUUAGUUUGAAACUCAAUAGUCCUAAAUGGCUGGUUGUAUAUAUGUAGAGUAUAGGAGCCGUGACACUGAGAUGAAAUUUUUUUCUCAUCAAUUUGCCUUUUUCCAUGUUCA